AUGGCCCUCGGACCAGGCGUGGGUGGGGGAUGGGGAGACGCCUGCGAGCAGGCGAGGGACAGUUGUGAAGGGCGUACAGGGGAUGGAGUUGUGAGUUGGCGCGAAGGCGGGGAGCGGUUGCGUUUGUGGGUUGCCAAGCGAAACUUGUCUAUUGUACUGUAUGAUUUGGAGGACUCGCGGAUCAAGCGGCCAGUCACGAUCGCGAUUCCCGCAGCUGCAUCAAAGCUGCCACGUGACGCAUGCAUUCCUACGGUCACACUAUUUCCCGCCCAACCUUUCUUGACUUUCCAGCACCGUCGUCACCGCCUCCUCCGUUACGCAUCUCCCACCCGCGUCCUUCUCAAUUUGCCGCCACGUCCGCCAUGA